AUGAAUGUUGCUUCGACACAACUUCAUCCAAAUGGUUGGGACUUCAUGAGUGGUUUUGAGGUGCUGGUCGAGUUUCUUGGUUGUAGACCUAAUACGUCGGAAUUGAGCCCUCCUAUGGAGGCAGAGUAUGAGAGCUUAGGUCCAGAGGGCCAAGCCCUAGCGGAUGCCUUUACGUUUUCCCACCAGCUUGAGUCUGCGAAGCUCGUAGAGUUCGAGGCGGAUCCCCAGGCUUUAUCCGAAUACAUGGGGCAAAUGGUGCCAAAGUUGACGGCGGAGGAGAUGGCGAGGCAUGUGGAAGAGAAAAGUGCUAGGGCGCCCUCCGAGGCGAUUGAGUGGGUCGAGGCACAAUUGAGGGUCGAGUCGGGCGGCCUUUAUAACCAGGUUGCGUCGACAGAGGUAGAGGCUGGGAAGGCAGAGUCCGGUCUUCUGAGAGUGAUUGAUCAAAGAAAUGUGGCUCGACAGAGAUCGAGUGAACUGGCAAAAAUAAUUGAGGCGUUAAAGGUCGAACAAGAUGCCACUUGUCAUGAAGCUGCCUGCUUGGAAGCCGUGCUCAAGCGUGCAAAGAAGGAAGCCCUUAGGCAAUAUCUUGAAAGCUUCCAUGCAGCGCUGGCGCAACUUCUUCCUCUUCUUCUUCGUCUAUCCUCUUGCUUGGUUUCAAGCACUAAGCCACAGGUGUAUAUCGCAUUGUUUGGGGAGCACAGUGGAGAGAAAACAUUCCAUGAGAUUGAGGAAAGCCAUCACUCUUAUCUGUUGUCUGUGAAAGAAACUAAGGAAGAAGCCAAGGCCUCUCUUCUUUACAGUUACAAGAACACUAUCAAUGGCUUUGCUGCAGUGCUCACUCCAGAUGAAGCCUCCAAACUCUCUGAACUGGAUGAAGUGAAAUCUGUGUUCCCUAGCCAACCAGGACGAUACUCUCUGCAAACUACAAGAUCAUGGGAAUUUCUUGGUUUAGAAGAUGCUGGGAAGGGGCUACUGAACCAAAGGAAGAAAGACGAUGAAUUGCUGCUGAAAGCAAGAUAUGGCAGAAAUGUCAUAGUUGGCCUCUUGGACAGUGGGAUCUGGCCGGAAUCAAAGAGUUUCGAGGAUGAAGGAAUGGAACCCAUUCCAAAAUCAUGGGAAGGAAUCUGCCAAACAGGAGAUGCUUUUAACUCUUCACAUUGUAACAAGAAGAUAAUUGGAGCUCGGUAUUACCUUAGAGGCUAUGAAACGCAUUAUGGCCUGCUAAACACUUCGCUAGAAUACCGAUCUCCUCGCGACAAGGACGGCCAUGGAACUCACACAUCAUCCACCGUUGGCGGCCGGCGUGUUAAGAACGUGGCGGCGCUUGGCGGCUUUGCCCGCGGUACCGCCUCUGGCGGUGCACCACUAGUACAUCUAGCCAUCUACAAAGCUUGCUGGGUGGUUCCAGCCGACGGCAAACUCAAAGACACCACGUGCUUCGACGAAGACAUACUAGCGGCCAUGGACGAUGCUGUCGGCGACGGCGUUCAUGUGCUCAGCAUGUCAAUUGGGCCAAACGGGCCUAUGCCGAUUAAUGCGGAUGUAACUGCGAUGGCGUCUUUUUUUGCCACCAAGCGCAACAUUGUGGUUGUUUGUUCCGCCGGAAACGAUGGGCCGGCCGCUAAGACGGUGGUUAAUACAGCACCGUGGAUGAUCACGGUUGGUGCAAGCAGCGUGGACCGAUCGUUUCUGGCACCUCUUUGGCUUGGGAAUGGAAUGAAAAUUGAGGGACAAACAAUAAGUCCAUACAAGCUUAAAAAGAAAAUGUACCCACUAGUGUAUGCAACACAGGUAGCAAAGCCUGAUCGCCUGUCCAAUGUUGAUGAUGCAGGGCAAUGCCUACCUGGAUCUCUUUCGCCGGAGAAGACGAAAGGGAAGAUAGUGAUGUGCUUGAGAGGAAACGGAUCCAGAGUCGGAAAAGGCGUCGAGGUGAGAGGAGCCGGUGGUGUUGGCCUCGUCUUGGGUAAUAGCCCGUACAUCACCGAAUUGGCGAUCGAUGCUCAUGUUCUGCCGGCAACUGCAGUGAACUCAGAUGCGACCAUAAAAAUUCUCAAGUAUAUUAACUCCACCGAUAAGCCGAUGGCGUACAUUGCUCCGGCAAGGACUGUUUUACACAAUAAACCGGCACCAGUUGUCGCUGCCUUCUCCGGCAGGGGUCCGAAUGUGGUCACCCCAGACCUUCUCAAGCCUGACAUCAUUGCCCCAGGACUUAAUAUAUUAGCAGCAUGGAGUGAAGAGUCUUCCCCCACAAAUCUUAUAGAUGAUCAUCGUAUAACUAAGUAUAACAUAAUUUCUGGAACCUCUAUGUCUUGCCCUCAUGUGGCAGCUGCUGCUGCCCUUCUCAGAGCCAUCCACCCUUCUUGGAGCAGCGCCGCCAUAAGAUCUGCACUGAUCACCACUGCCGGGCUGGAGAACAACAUGGGAACGCCGAUAACUACAGAAUCCGGCGAUCGGGCAAGGCCCCUGGAUUACGGAGCGGGACACUUCCGGCCGACGAAGGCGGCAGAUCCAGGGCUGGUUUACGAUGCCUCCAUCACCGAUUACUUUCUCUUCCUAUGCGACAAUGGAUCUUUCGUUCUAAAUCCAGCAUUCAAAUGCUUUGACACAAGCCCAAUGUAUAACCUCAACUACCCAUCCUUGGCAAUCGCCAAGCUCAAUGGAACAGUAACCGUGAAGAGAACUGUAACCAAUGUUGGCGGUGCGAAGAGUGUGUAUUUCUCGAGGGUGAAGACGCCGGCCGGAUUCUCCGUGAAGGUGUCGCCGGCUGUUUUGGUCUUCCGGCGUGUCGGCGAGAAGAAGAGCUUCAGUAUAACGGUUAAACCGGAGAAAGAUAAAGCGGGAACAACUGGGGAAGAUGUGUUUAGAUCUGGGUGGUUCAUUUGGAGUGAUGGAAUUCAUAUUGUUCGGAGUCCCAUGGCCGUGUCAUUGGCAUAGCCUGUGUUGUCCUCGGUUACUAAUAAAUUGCUUCUCUUGCUUUC